AAAUAAGUUUAAAUUUCCCAGUUUAACUUAGCUUUUUAUUCUACUCAAUUACAUUUGUACAUAACUUCCAAACAUGGUCAAAGUUGCUGUUUUAGGUGCUGCCGGUGGUAUCGGUCAACCAUUAUCUCUUUUACUCAAAUUGAACCCACAAGUUGAUGAAUUGGCUCUUUUCGAUGUCGUCAAUGUCCCAGGUGUCGGUGCUGAUUUAUCCCACAUCAAUUCCGACUCCAAGACCGAAUCUUUCUUGCCAGCUGACAGAGAAGACAAGACCGCCUUGGCCAAGGCCUUGACUGGUGCUGAUGUCGUUAUCAUCCCAGCCGGUGUUCCAAGAAAACCAGGUAUGACCAGAGACGAUUUAUUCAACAUUAACGCCUCAAUUGUCAGAGGAUUAGCCGAAGGUAUUGCUGAAAACUGUCCAAAAGCCUUUUCUUUGAUUAUUUCCAACCCAGUCAACUCCACUGUCCCAAUUGUCGUUGAAACCUUGAAACAAAAGGGUGUCUAUGACCCAAAGAGAGUCUUUGGUGUUACUACCUUGGAUAUCGUCAGAGCCAACACUUUUAUCGCCCAAUUGUAUCCAGAAGAAACCAAGCCAACUGAUUUCAACGUCAAUGUUAUUGGUGGUCACUCUGGUGAAACCAUUGUUCCUUUAUAUUCUGUUGGUAAGACUGCUGAUUACUACAAGAAGUUAUCUGAAGAACAACAAAAGGCUUUAAUUAAGCGUGUUCAAUUUGGUGGUGAUGAAGUUGUUCAAGCUAAGAACGGAGCUGGUUCCGCUACUUUAUCUAUGGCUUACGCUGGUUACCGUUUAGCCGAAUCUAUCUUGAAGGCUGUUAAGGGUGAAUCUGGUAUUGUUGAAUGUACUUUCUUGAACUUGGAUUCUGGAAUCAAGGGUGCUGCUGAAGCCAAGAAGUUAGUCAAUGGUUUAGACUACUUUUCCUUACCAGUUGAAUUGAGCAAGGAAGGUAUCCAUGAAGUCAAAUACGAUAUCUUAGACAAGAUUUCUACUGAUGAAAAAGCCUUGUUGAAGGUUGCCAUUGAACAAUUGGAAAAGAAUGUCGAAAAGGGUGUUGCUUUCGCUAACAAGUAAUCUUAUGUAUUUGAGUUUUUUUCUAUAUAUAACUUAUUUAUGAUACAAUACAAAAAAAGCACGAUGAAUGGAAAAAUCUAGCUAUCAGAAACUAUUUCUCUAAUUGAGUUGAACUUGGCUAAGUAUUCUUCGAGAACUUGAACCACAUCGUCAGCUUCUCUUGCUGCUCAGCUGGUUACAAAAUUGAGGCAAGUUGAGCAUAAGAAAACCCACUCUUUCCUUGGUCAAUGCGAACUGAGUGGAUAAAUCCACUAGAGCAACUAGUUUGAUCAAACUGUCAAACUAUGUCAUUUAGAACUCUCUUAAUAACCUUGUUACAUUGGAGGAUUUUCAAUUGGAUGUAGUUG